UGAAAUUGACUCAUUAUUGUUUAUAUAAAAUAAAACAAUUAAAUUAUUUAUUAAUAAUAUUAAAAUGUCUGAAUAUCAAUCAGUAAAAAAAGGUAAACUAUUAUUAAAAGGUGAAAAAGUCAAAUCAAAAAAAAGAAAACAUAAAAAACAAGGAAAAGAUGAAGAAAAAACAGAAGCUCAAGAUGUCGAUGCUGUUCAACAUGGUGGCUGGUGGAAGGUCAAAAUAAUAACUGAAAUAACAGGAACAGUUGCUAUUCAAUUUGGAAAUAAUUGUUAUGUGAAAGCUUUGGAUAAUGGUCUAUUUACUCUUGGUGCUCCACAUGAUGAAGGAGAUUGUCCAUCACCAGAAGAAAUAUUUACAGCAUUUCCAGUAAAUGAUAAUAAAAUUGCUCUUAAAUCUGGUUAUGGAAAAUACAUUGGAAUUGAUAAAUCAGGUGUUGUUAUUGGUAGAAAUGAUGCAGUUGGUCCAAUGGAACAAUGGGAACCAAUAUUUCAGGAUGAAAAAUUAGCAAUUAUGGGAAACAACAAUUGUUUUAUGUCAAUAUCAGAAGAUGAUGAUGUUUUAUGUCAAAGUAAAAAAGCUGGACCAACAGAAUACGUUACAAUUAGAAGUAUGGUACAAAGAAUUGACAAUACAUUAAAAGAAAUACCAGUUGAAGAACAAGGAUCUAUGACUGAAGUUGAAAUUAAUUAUGUACGUAAAUAUCAAAAAUUUCAAGAUAAAAAGCUGCGAAUAAAUAAAGACGAUCGUAGUAAACUUGAAAUUGCUAAAACAGAAGGAACAUUACAUGAAACUUUACUUGAUAGACGAAGUAAAAUGAAAGCUGAUCGUUAUUGUAAAUAAAAUGUAUAAAAAAAAAAAUUAUUUUUACUUUGUAUUGGCACUUAAACAUAAUAUUAAAAUACUUUUAACUU